CCAACAUGGCGGCCUGCAGUCCCCAUGUACUGUACUGCGCUCGGACAAGGGGACGGUUUCUAAGGUGGAAUCUGGAAUACCUGUGGAGAAACAGGAACUUUGGAUGGACACCAGCUCUGCGACAACAAGCUGCAGAUGUUGUUAAAGAGUCAACGGAGGCUAUUGUCAUCCCCAAGAAAAAAACAUGGAGCGGAGUGGCCGUGCUGGAGGCUCUGGCCUCCACCGUCAGCAGGGAUCCUACAGCAUAUCCAUACCAGUUCCAGGAUGAUCCAUUCCUCUCUCCCAGGACCUCUUCUGAGUUUAAGCUGUUCUCUCUCUCCCAGGAAUCGGGCAGAGCUGCAGCCAGAUAUUUCGUCAACAGCAACCCUAAGUUCUUCACCAAAGACUUUGCAGAGCCGCAUAUACCGUGUCUGAUGCCGGAGACUCUGGGCCUGUGCACCGAGGAAAUGAGUGAGAAGGCACUGAAGGAGAUAAUCAGCCUGAGAAGAGUUACAGCUGCUGUUGACAUGUACGACCAACUGCUUCAAGCUGGCACGGCAGUGUCCAUGGAAACCACCCAUGAUCUGCUGGACCUCAUCUGUCUGGAGGGUGACAGAGACCCGGUCCAGGAGGGAGAACCACAGAACGCAGAGGAGGCAGGAGAGGAAGCGAGGAAGAGGAGGGUGAAGGGACGCAGAGCAGCAGACCUGGUCAAGGUCAGCUGGAAAGAAAACAACAACGCAGAGAGAAUCUUCAACCUGGUGCCGGAGAGAGACACGCGCUGCUACUCUGCUCUCAUCAGAGGAAUGGUGAAGCACGGAGCCUCUGCCAAGGCGUUCAGCACGUACACAGAUAUGCUCAACAACAGGCUGACAGCUGAUGUCCACAUCUUCAACGCUCUGAUCUCAGCAGCUCCAGAUCUCAGAGACAAAUAUAAUGAAAGAUGGGACCUCGUCGUUGAGCUGCUCAACCAGAUGACUCAACAGAAAGUUCGUCCCAACCUGCUGACCUUCAACUCUGUUCUCAAAGCUCUGAGAAAAUGCGGCUAUUUGGCCAAAACACACGCUCUCCACGCGCUGAACGAGAUGAAGAUGCUUGGGAUUGCUCCCAGCCUGGCCUCCUAUGACAGCAUCCUGGCAGUCUUUUACAAAUUAGCGGCGUCUGGCCCCAGCAACACUGACAUCUUACAGGAAGUGAUGACAGAGGUAGAAGGAACCAGCUUCACCUGCCAGGACCCUAAUGAUGUUAUGUUCUUCGCCAGUGCAAUGAGAAUAUGUCUGGAUAGUAAAGAUCUGGAGCUGGGCUACAAAGUGCAGAGUCUGGUUGAGGUGGGGGAGAACUGGCGGCUGCUCGGAGACCCGUUUCAGCAGAGCAUUUACUACGGCCGCUUCUUCAACCUGCUGUGUAUGAUGGAGCACGUUGACAUCGUGUUGAAGUGGUACAGACGGCUCAUCCCCUCGUUGUUCUACCCCAACUCUCAGGGGAUGAGGGACCUGUUGCAGUGUCUGGACGCAGACGGACGUCUGGAUCUGCUGCCUACUAUAUGGAAAGAUAUCAAGUCUCUGGGUCACGACGGCCGGCCGGAGCUGAUGGAGGAGCUGCUCAGCCUCAUGUCCAGAGACACACACAGUCCUGAGGUCCAGGAGUCUUUUGCUAAAUGUGCUUCGGGUAUAAUGAGUGUGUUUGAGGAGAAGCCCGGGUUGGAGUGGAACACGUCCUCGCUGUCACAUGUUACCACGCUGCUGCUGCGAGCCGACAAGACCCAGCCAGCCUGGGAGAUGCUACAGCUCUUCAAAGCCAAGAACAGAGUUCCUUCUGAGGAGUUGAUGAACAACUUCCUGUCAGCGUGUCAACGCAGCGGUUCUUCCCAGAGAGCAGUCGAGCUGGUCCAACUGUCUGCAGCUUUCUGCUUACCGGCCACCUCCAGUCUGGCAACGAGAACAAGCAACGAGUUUGAGUUAACGGAGGAGCAAAGAGCCGUCCUGUCUGAACUGGAGGCUGCAGCCGAGCCGUGUGACUGAAGGAGACGACGCCGGGCGGGAAUCCUUCAUGCUGCUAUCGUAAACCAUUGUCUCUACUUGUCUUCCUGAGCUGUGUAAUAAAAACUUGUGAUAUCAACGUAA